GCGGCUGGAAGCAGGUGGCAGGUUUGUUGCUGGUUGGUUGGGUCGACAUUAUUACUUUUGGGCACUUCACUGUCACUAUGCCUCUCUUCCUUCCCUCCCCUGCUCUUCUGCUCCUUCUUACCCUCUUCUCCGCCACUCUGCUUCCCUGCCGUGCCGUCCCUCUCCGCCACAAUCACCCUCCUCGCCACCUCCACCACCCUCAUCUUGCCACUCACAACUACAGAGAUGCUCUCUCCAAAUCCAUUCUCUUUUUUGAAGGUCAGAGAUCAGGGAGGCUCCCUCCCAACCAGAGGAUGACCUGGAGGAGAGACUCUGCUCUCUCAGAUGGCUCUGCCCUUCAUGUUGAUUUGGUUGGAGGGUACUAUGAUGCUGGGGACAAUGUCAAGUUCGGUCUUCCCAUGGCAUUCACCACUACCAUGCUUUCCUGGAGCGUGAUUGAGUUCGGUGGUCUCAUGAAAGCUGAAUUGCAGAAUGCCAGAGAGGCCAUUCGCUGGGCUACCGAUUAUCUUCUCAAAGCCACUGCACAUCCAGACACCAUCUAUGUUCAGGUGGGAGAUGCGAAGAAGGACCAUGCCUGUUGGGAGAGACCUGAAGAUAUGGAUACCCCAAGAAAUGUGUACAAGAUUGACAGGAACACCCCAGGUUCAGAAGUGGCCGCUGAAACUGCCGCUGCUCUUGCGGCUGCUUCUCUGGUUUUCAGAAGAAGCGACCCCAUGUACUCUAAAACUUUAAUCAGAAGAGCUAUUAGGGUGUUCCAGUUCGCUGAUAGAUACAGGGGAUCCUACAGCAACGGCUUGAAGCCCAUCGUGUGCCCGUUCUACUGUUCUUAUUCUGGCUAUCAGGAUGAGCUAUUGUGGGGCGCUGCUUGGCUGCACAAGGCGACGAAGAACCCAAUGUACCUGCAUUACAUACAAGUUAAUGGACAAACCCUUGGGGCCGCAGAGUUCGACAAUACCUUUGGGUGGGAUAACAAGCAUGCCGGAGCCAGGAUACUUCUAACUAAGGAAUUUCUUCUUGAAAGGGUGCAAUCCCUCCAUGAAUACAAGGGUCAUGCGGACAAUUUCAUCUGCUCUCUCAUUCCCGGAGCUUCUUUCUCUUCAACCCAAUACACUCCUGGUGGACUUCUGUUCAAGAUGAGUGAUAGCAACAUGCAGUAUGUGACAUCCUCUUCUUUCUUACUCUUAACCUAUGCCAAAUACUUGACCUCAUCCCACAUGGUCGUUAACUGUGGCGGAGCCGCCAUGACCCCCAAGAGGCUCCGAUCAAUUGCCAAGAAACAGGUGGAUUACUUGCUGGGAGACAACCCGUUGAAGAUGUCAUACAUGGUAGGAUAUGGUCCAAGGUACCCAAGAAGGAUUCACCACAGGGGAUCGUCUCUACCGUCAAUUGCUGUACAUCCGGGGAAAAUCCAAUGCUCGGCAGGGUUCAGUGUGAUGAAGUCGCAAUCCCCAAAUCCAAACAUCCUGGUGGGAGCCGUCGUGGGUGGGCCCGACCUCCAUGACAGGUUCCCAGACGAGCGGUCAGAUUAUGAGCAAUCAGAGCCAGCCACAUACAUCAACGCCCCACUGGUGGGAGCACUGGCUUAUCUUGCUCACUCAUUUGGCCAGCUCUAGACUCAGAAACUAGAAGCACGCGAUUCCCAACUCUGGAGCCGUUUCUCCGUGUUGUUAUAUGAUUACUUUUGUGAGGUGAUUUUGGGUAGUCGUGUUCCUCGGAAGCGCACGAGGUGGUUAGAGGGCAGAGGCUAGACAGCUGUGGGAGCCAGCCCCAAACCUCGAAGCACAUUGUAGUGCCAAGUUAUAGGUAGGAUAGCUUUCUUUUAUAGCUUUACGGUGUUAAAUAGUUCAUUGGACUUGGGCCUUGACUAUUUGAGUUUAGCGGUUUACCUUGGGUGUCGUGGGUAUGUUUUUAUGUUUUGACUCCAGAAAUAGCCGGCCGUGUGUAAGGCUGUGAUAUAGUAAUAUGGAAAUCGUGAGAUGCUUAUUUUGUGAGCACUUGAAAGUCCCGAAUCAAAUCCAGGUUAUCUUA